UUGGCACGUUAAUUUCCGAACGAAACACAAGUUACAAAUGACAGUUUAUGUACUGACAGCGUAUUCGGCCUCGGAGGAAUUUUGAAAAGAUAUUUUUACCAUUAUUGCUGCGUAAAUCUCAUACAAUACAAUGCAGCAGCUAACAGUGUUCAUGGAUAUUGAAAGCUCUCGGUCGUAUAUCGACGAGUUGUACUCGCCGGACAGCGGCAAGAUCGUGGAAGCCUUGGUGACGCUGAAGAACUCUGUGAUCGGGAGCAACCGGCAGAAGAGUUCUGUGAUCCAGCAAGGAGUCGUACCCCGACUGCUCCAGCUCAUGUCUGAUGACACUCUGGACCCAAAUAUCCGACUGGAAGCCACUAUCACAAUAGGAUCUUUAGCCAAAGGCACACCAGAGAAUGUGACCUCCCUGGUAGAGCAAGGCACAGCCACAGCACUUGUGGAGGUGCUUAAGACAGUGCCAGUAGAAACAAAACUCGCUGAGGCAGCUCUAUGUGCGUUAAGAAGCAUAUUUCUUCACCCACCUGCCCCAAUCUCGUCUCUGCCAGCAGAUAUGAGGCUACUCACCAGACUGACACAAAUAGCCCGCGAAGGCUCGCCAACAGCCCGCGCGUGCGUAGUCCGCAUCCUGUCCAUAUGGUGCGGCGGCGCGCGCGAGCAAGAGGCGCUUUGCGCGGCCGGCGCCUGCGCGGCGGCGGCGGCGGCUCUGGCGGCCGGGCCCACGCGCAGCGACCACCCGCCGCCGGCCAGGGCUCUGCCCGCUUUGGAUCUACUAGCUGCGAUGUGCUUCGAGAAUGCCAACGUGUCACAAGUGGCUCUGAACACGAGACACGGCGACAAGACAAUCCCAGAGUUGCUGACGGCGCUAGUGUCGCGCGACAAACCGCUGCCGGUGGCGAUGGGCGCGGCGCGCUGUCUCACGUUCAUACACCGGGCGGGCGCGCUGCCCGCAGACGAUAAUAGGUAA